AUGGCGGACGAAGGCAACGAAGAUAGUUGGUUGUACGGUAAUUCGCAACAGGAUGGCGGGGCGGGUGAUGCAAGUGCGAUUACCGGGAACGGUAGUUCCCCCGGUGCAGCUACUGGUGGCAAGAACGCUCUGUGGGACGUUGAGCAGGAAGGGUCCGAAUCCGAGAAUGCGACCCGCGAAGCGCCGGCUGGCGAGUUGGAUGAUAAACGCCGUGGUUCCAACGAGCAGCAGAUUAGCGGUGAGACCGGCAACGAGAGCGGCCACGAGCAGCAUGGAUGCGAUGAUAAUGCGAUGGAUUCGAGUGACCUGCAGCAGCAACGAGUGGAGGGCGACACCGAAAGUCACGAGGAUUCACAGAUGAUGGAAGACAGCAGCAUGGUCGGUGACCGUGAAGAGGAAGAAAAGCAGGACAAACCGCGGCGGCAAACGGAGGCCUCAGCCGGCAAAGAAGACCGGGACGGGGAGAAUGAUGCACAGGACGGUGAAGCAGGCUCGGAAGAGGAAGGAAAGAAGAACAAGGCCACUGCGAAGGAUGGUGCUGGCGACGAGAGCUCGAAGGACAAGGGCCCACUGAGCGACAUGGAAAGCGAUAUCGAUAGUGACGAGGACGACGACAUUAAUGUGGUGAUCGGGGACAUCAAGUCGGGUCCGAGCUACAACAUCAUCAAGCAGCGCGGACCCAUCAUGCCUAACCAGGGCGCAGCGAACGCGGCCGGUGUGACUGACAAAACGAAGCAACCGGCCGGAAAGUUCAGCAUAGAGGAGUUUGAAAGUGUCGGCGCCAUCAACGGAGUUCCGGCCCAUGAGUUCAGCAUCGAUUCGCUGGACGAGAAACCGUGGCGCAAGCCCGGUUCGGACAUUACGGAUUACUUCAACUACGGCUUCAACGAGGAAACGUGGCGAUCGUACUGCGAGCGACAGAAGCGCAUGCGCCAGCACGAGAGCGGUGUCGGGAUGGCGGGUCUGACGAUCAACAACCCGCAGGCGGCACAGCCUUCGAUGUCGAUGCGUGACAUGAGACGAUCCGGAGGACCGAUGGGUGGCGGCGAUGGACGGAUGGGGCCGAGGAAGAUGAACGGGCCGAUUGAAGUGAUUGGUGGUGGUCCCGGUGGACCGAUGGGUGGGCCGAUGGGCGGUGGUGGAGGUCGUCGGGAUGACGGCGGAAUGGGCAUGUCGAAUCAACCGAAGGAGAACGUCAUUCAGGUGAUGACGGCUGAUCGGCGCGAGUACAGCCGGACGGUGGUGGGCAACAAGUACGAUCCGUCGAUGGGCGGUCCUCCCGGGUUCGGUGGUGGUCCACCUGAGUUCUAUCACCCCGAGCAGGACUAUUCCGAUUACUACGAUCCGAUGCAGGAGUCACAGUGGGGGAACGACAAUGGAAACUGGCAACCGACGGGCAUCAAAACGCUCACACCCGGCCCACCGAUGAUGCAGCCCAAUAUGGUGGGAAUGCCUCCGCAGCAGCACAUAGAGAUGAUGGGUGGUGGGCCACCGGAACGGAUGGUAAUGCCCCCUCCGCAGCAGAUGCAACUUGGCAUGGUAGGAGGGCCCGGAAUGGGUCCCGGUCCUGGCGGACGGAUGCAUCCCGGCGGUAUGCCACCCGGACGCGGUGACAUGCGCAAUCCGAAACGCGACCCGAGGGGUGACCCGCGAGAUCCACGGGAACGGGACCGUGAACGCGAGCAGCGCGAUCGACGCGAUCGGGAACGUGAGCGCGAUCGGGAUCGUAAGGAUCGUAAGGAGAGAGAGCACCGACCGGAACGCGACAUAGGUGGCCUCGUACCGAAAGAGGAACCCGUGGAGGUUCCCGCUCCGACGACACCGGGCGCUACAUCGGGUGCACCGUCUGGAGCACCGGCCACACCAUCGUCCGGCAGUAGUGCGCGGGACGACAAAGACAAACGCUCCACAAAAACUGAUCGCCACAAAGACGCUCGCCACCGUGAGCGUUCCAGAAGCCGCGAACGGUCCAAGUCACGCCGGUCGGACCGAAGCCGUGAGCGUGAUCAGUCGCGUCACAGUCGCGACAAAAAGAAAUCACACCGCAAGGACAAGGAAGACGGUGAAUGAAUAGCGAUUGUUGUUGGGUUUUGCGAAUGCGUUUAGGGUAACGAUAGGAAAUGCGAAAGUGCGGACUAAUAUUUACUGCUGACCACAAACCGGAGAAGGGCAGCAGCAUCAUAGAAAGAGAACUAUAAUAUACCGCUAGCGCGUAAGAAUGUACUGUGUCGUUAGAUUGUAAAUAAAAAGCAUGUCCU